AUGACCCGUGGCUUCGCGCCCAGUGUGCCCACUGCGUUCCACGAGAUGGGCUCCUUCCGCAGGCCCCGGCCACGCUUCAUGAGCUCCCCGGUGCUCAGCGAUCUGCCCCGCUUCCAAGCCACGCGGCAGGCCCUGCAGCUGAGCUCCAGCUCGGCCUGGAACAGUGUGCAGACUGCCGUGAUCAACGUCUUCAAAGGGGGUGGCUUGCAAAGCAACGAACUCUAUGCACUGAACGAAAACAUCAGGAGGCUGCUGAAGAGUGAACUUGGAUCAUUCAUUACAGACUAUUUCCAGAAUCAGCUUCUUGCCAAAGGCCUGUUGUUUGUGGAGGAGAAGAUUAAGCUGUGUGAAGGUGAAAAUCGCAUUGAGGUUCUGGCUGAAGUGUGGGACCACUUCUUCACUGAGACUCUCCCCACCCUGCAGGCAAUAUUUUAUCCAGUUCAGGGCCAGGAGCUGACCAUCCGCCAGAUCUCUCUGCUGGGCUUCCGCGACCUGGUCCUGCUGAAGGUGAAGCCGGGCGACUUGCUGCUGGCCCGGUCCCAGCCGCCCUCAUCCAUUGUCCAGAUGUUGCUCGUCCUGCAGAGUGUUCACGAGCCCACAGGCCCAAGUGAGGGUUAUUUGCAGCUGGAGGAACUGGUGAAGCAAGUGGUGUCUCCAUUCCUCGGCAUCAGUGAGGACCGCGGUGUCUCGGGUCCCGCGUUUAUGUUGGCGAGACGCCACUCCAGGGUCCGGCCUAAGGUGGCUGUCCUGAACUACGCCUCCCCAACGACCACCGUCAGCCGGCCGCCGAAUGAGACGGCUCUGACCCCUCUGACGGAGCAAGAGGGGGAGGCCUACCUGGAGAAGUGUGGCAGCGUCCGAAGGCACACGGUGGCCAACGCCCACUCAGACAUCCAGCUGCUGGCCAUGACCACCAUGAUGCACUCAGGCUUAGGCGAGGAGCCUGGCGGUGAGGACAAGUGCCUGCUCCUGCCGCCCAGCUUCUCCCCACCCCACCGACAGUGCUCCAGUGAGCCCAACAUCACCGACAGCCCUGAUGAGCUGGAGGAGGUGACAGGGGGCAGCCAGGGGGACUCUGAGCUGAACUGUGCUUCCCUCGGCUGA